CUGAUCUUUACUGACCGACACUGAAGAGCCUGGAGUCUUCACUGUUCUUACAGCAGCUUCUAUCCGCGGUAUUUAUUUUAUUUAUUUGUUUGUUUUGCUGACCUACAACAGGAGAUCAGGUAUGGCAGAACAAGCCGCAGAAUGACUGAACGUGUGGAAAGGUGUGCGUACGGCUGGGCGUUGGACGAGGAAACGCUGUAGGAGCUCGUUCCGCGGUCUUUGUAUGCGCUCCUGUGCGCCAGGGGAGGCGCGAUGCCGGCGGCACCGCGGCGCGGCGCGGCGCUGCUGCUCUGCUGCGUGUGUUUGUGCGCCGCUCUGGAGCAGCGAGGCUGUAUCCUCGGUGAAGUGGGAAAACCGGUGCUGCUGCCCUGCCACCCCAACUUGGGGAGAUUGUUGAACUUUUCCGUUGAGUGGAGGAACCACGACAAAGCCGUGUUCAGGUCGCAGUGGGACGGGGAAGGGAACGUGGAGACGUGGAGCGUGAAUUACGCCAGGAUUCCCACAGACGCAGCGACCACUGGAAACUUCUCCCUGGAGCUCCCGUCAGCUCAGCCCAAACACGACGGGAGCCGAUACAGCCUGUUCCUGCUGUCAGGGGAGAACCAGAGCGCGCCUCUGUGUACCAGGUGUCUCAGGGUCGCAGCCAGUUUUAGGAUCCCCGAGGUGAGGAAGGAAGAAUCGUCCUACCUGUGUCUCUCCUGGGGGGGCUUCCCCCAGCCUGUCGUCUACUGGCUCAUCGACGACAGCCGGCAGCCCCCCGGCGGCUCCGUGAGGACCCGGGCCCAGGCGCUCCCCGACUCCCAUCUGUACAACGUCACCAGCCAGCUGACCGCCAACGUUUCCAAAGACAACAGCGUGUCGUGCACCGUCAAGAAUCCGUCCACGAAUGAAACCCUGACCGUCAAACUGGGAACCAGCAGCAGCGGGAGUCGCGCGUCGCAGGGCAUGUGGAUCUUCAGCACCGUCCUGUGCGUGGUGGUCGCCAUAAUGGUGCUCACCGGGAUCUACUAUCAGAUCCACCUGGACAGGAUAAGCAAGAGGAGGAAGGAGUACGAGGAACCACGGAGAGGUCGACGAUAUCAGUACAAGCAGGCGACCGAGGAAAUGAUGCCAGAGCCAAAAGAGACUGACGUAUGAAAGAAAAGGACAAGAAAAACAAAGUUCAUCUACGGAUCCACUGCCACUUUUUAUGAUCAGUCCAAACAAACAAACAAACAAAAAAAGCACUGAUAUGUAAAUACUUCUGAAUCAUUGUGUGUUGCGUUUUCUAGAUGCUUAUCCUAAGCUUGCCGUCUUCUUUUUUUAAUUUUUUUUUUAAAUGUGCAGGCUGAUUGAUUCCAGUCGGAAAUGACAAGGACACUGGUAGCAUGGUACGUUCUGUUCUUAAUGAGAACAUGCGUCUAUUUUCCUCUUACUCUACAGGAAUUGAGGAAUUGAGGAAGAAAAAAAUACAAAGAUCGGGCGGCUAACUCCGUAAUGUAUUGCUGUUACUGGUCACUUAUUGGUGUUUUGGGCGGUCACCAUCCUGUUAAAGCACCAAUUUCUUCAGUAUAACGCGGCUCCAACUCCUCCUCGAGUAUUUGGAACCGAUCCCUGGUACACAAACAAACCAGACGGUGUAGAAUGAAAAGUUCCCACAUAUUGUGAUCCCAAACCCCUCAUGAUUAUAGUGUAGUGUAGCUUGAAUUAAUAGAUUAAGGUUAAUUGUUGGAAUUAACUUUAGACCAAUGUUAGCCGCAUAGGUUACGUUUUUUUUCCGCACUUUUCGCUUUCACCUAUUCUGCCUGCAAGUCGAGUAAAAACCCUCCUGUUUGUUCAGGAAAGGAAGAAUCUCACUGGAGCCCAAACUAAUAUUGUUAUACCAUGUCACCACUGCUGAUUUCUAUUAAAUUAUUUGCCUUGUAGAAAUAUGAUUUCUAU